AUGGAAGGUUGUACUACCCGGGACUACAGUGGUUUUGGUUUUGCAGCGGGGCAAUACGUUGGGAAACCAGAAUUUAGACAAAUUCAAAAUCAAAUUUUAUCUCGCCUUGCUUCUUUAGGAAAAAAGACAAUUAAAGAAGAAUUCAGGAAAGAAUGCUUAGAACUGACUAAUUUUUUAAUUAAGAAAAAGGAUGAAUAUCCUAAAUAUACUGAUAAAAAUCGUUGGGUUCCAGUACUUAGGAAUUAUUUUGGAAAUAAAUUUGACAAGCUUACUCAACAUGGUGGUUGUCCUAUGAUUUUUGAUAAGAAAGAAAAAGAUCUUUUAGUAUUAAAAUAUAAUGCGUUAGACUUCUGUGAAAAAAAUAUAUCAUAUAAAAAUAAGCUAAAUACCUUCAAAAAGGGAAGUAAUACAUAUGAUUGUAAUAAUGAUACUCAGUGUAUACAAGAUUGUACAGAAUAUGAGAAGUGGUUUAUAAGUAAAAAAGAAUAUUUUGAGAGUAAUAGAAAUCUCGUUAGUGAAAGUUGCACAUUUAAAAGCUUGUCAUCAGAAUUUCCGACAAAACAAUGCAACAUAAUGAAUUCCAGAAUGUUAAAUAAUAUUCCUAAAUGCCUAUAUAAGAAAACACAGGAACCUGCUAAAUCUGCACCUAAAGAACAAAACGAAAUAAGCAGAUCCAAAUUAGAUCAAGUCAAUGCUAAAGAUUCGCCAGUAUCUGAAGAUCAAAGUCCAUCACAAGUGGAACGUCCACCUGAUGACCAACAUAGUCCAUCUGAACGUCAACCAAGCAGUUUACCUGAAGAUCCACCUUCAAAUCAAACUCAACUUCAGGAAAAAACUGAAGAGAAUUUAAUGGAAAAUUCAACUAAUUUAGAUUCUGAUACACAAAGUACAAUUAUUAAGAAACCAGAUUCUCUUAUACAUUCAUCAUCCCCACAGGAAACAUUAGGCAUUUCUUCAUUACAACCUUCAACUAGACAAGAAUCAAACACAGACAAUGCUAUUGGAACUAUUCCUGCAGCUGCUGAAGUAUCACAUCCUAAACUUCUUCGUACUACUCCUGUAGACUCUAAAAUACAAGGUAACAUUAAUUCUACUUUCUUUUCUAUUUUUUACGUUCUAAUGGGAAAGUUUAAAAAAAAGAAAAAUAUAAGAAGACAAGUUAAAUUUCUCAAAAUAUUGCUGCCUUCAAAAUCUGACAAAAUAAACAAGUUCUUAUCAGAUCAUCAUUUAGAUGAGCCAAUAUAUGAUGAUGAAGAAAUCAUAAAAAAAUUAAAAAUACAUGAACAUAACACUAUAAAUAAUACAAAUAUGCUAAAGAGAAAAAAGGACAGAUCCAAAACUAUUAUAGAAGUACAUAUGGAAGUACUUGAGGAAUUCAGAAAUGAAGAAUGGGAAUUAAAAAAAGGUGAAUUUUUAGCAAUAUGUCUAGAAGUAUACAAAUAUGAAAAACAUAGAAACUAUCCUAAUUUAAUAAAUGGUGAUCAAAUGGAAAAUAUUAAAUGUAGCAAUGAUAUUGAAGAAAAAAAAAUUAUAUGGAAUAAAUGGAUAGAAGAGCACAGAAAUCUUUCUGAAAAAUUGAAAAAAGUAGAUUGGUUUAAUAAUUUGAAAAAUGAAUGGAAAAAAGAAAAAGCUAAGUUAAAAGAAAUAGAAAAAUUAAAAUGUAUAUCUUCAAACGAAAAUCAAAAAUGUUCACAUUUAGAACGAGAAAAAGGUGCAUGGAGAGAGUGGAUAUCAAACAAUGGCAAAAUUGUAGAACACUAUCUGGAAAAGGACUGGUUUAAGGGAUUAACAAACGAAUUUGAUAAUAUAUUAGAUGAAUAUGAAAAUGAAGAAAAUGAAGAAAAUGAAAAUAGUGUGUCACUAAUAAAUAUAGAAGAAAUGGAACAUAAAAAAAAUUGCGAAGAAUUAUAUGAGUAUAUUAAAAAAAAAUUAUUAUCAAAAUUGUGUGUACUUGUAUUUAUGACAAUAUUAGAGGAAUGCAAAAAAGAGAAAAAUGUAGAAAAUAAGGAAUCAUAUUUAGACAGUUCAAUAAAUGAAUGUAAUUCAGAAAAAAACUCAGAUAGGAAAUAUCACAUUAUAGAAAAUGUUGUUGAAAAGGGAAACAAUGUUUUGGAAAAUAGUGAAAAUACUGAAAUUUUUGAUUACAAGGAAGAAAAUAAAUUUACCGAUGAAAUAAAGGAUUGGAUAGGAGAAGAUGAUACACAUGUAAAUUCUAUAUAUACUAUGAAUAAAGUAGACUAA